GUUCCGCCAUGGCCGUAGAAGCUUACGCAGCAGGAAACCCUGACAACAUCCACACCGACGUCCUCACAAAAGCUAGGGAAGCUUGUUACAAGGCUCGCGAUGCUUUCUACGCGUGUCUGGAAAAAGAAUCCGACAAGAAGCCCACAGAAAUUGCUUCGGUUGGUUUGUUAUACCCUGUGGAAUGUAAAGAAUCCAGAGCUGAGUUUGUCAAACAAUGCCGUACUUCUUGGGUGAAACAUUUCGAUAGGCAGUACUGUCAGAACAAGAGGGUUCAGAGGCUGCUGGAUGAUAAAGGGUCGAGGAGAGGGGUAUAGAGAUCGUCUUGGCCCCUUGGGAAGAUGGAAGUCAUCACCAUCAUCUUUCUUUCCGUGAAUGUAGCAUAAUUAUCUAAGUCAUAUGCAGGAAUAAGUUCUAGAAUAGUUUUAAUGAUUUGCAGUUGCUGCAUCUUAAAUUGUUGGUUUUAUUUCACCUCUUGUUCUGGCAUUAGUAAUUUAUUUGAACCUGAUGAUUUGUAUUUCUUGUCCAAUGUUUGUCUUUUCAUAAUGUACCUGCUUCAAUACAUUUGUAUUUUAGUACUUGUGGUCUACUGAAAUAUUGGGCAUCUAGGUAAGAGAAAUAACUGGGAACCUAUACAAGCUUUAGGUUUAUUUAUUUAUUUUUCUUUUCAGUGUAAAGUAGCAUUAUUCAGCUGCUGAUCCAAAUCUUUCUAGACACUUGUAGACUUUUAACUAGCAUUGUUUAUAAUUCACUGUUUGUGUUGUGU